AGAUGUUGAAUGAUAGCUGGCUGAUUGUAAGUGUGGUCCCACAGGUCAGAGAGGGGUGUUCAAGACGUCAGGAGGACUUCCAGGUUGUGUACCCUCAGUGGAAGACAACCCAUGAAGACAGAUUUAGCCAAGAUCUUUCAUCACAGAAGACUAUGUCACCGUCAUGACUAGUAGUGAUGUUGAAGUCUGAAGGAAAUGGCAGCAAAGUCAAAGGAAGAAUUUCGCGGAGUCGACAUUUCCUCACCACCGAGUGCCCGAGGGGCGUGGCCCUCCCACACUGCCACGCCCCCCGACUGGUUGGACGCUGACAACGCGGGGAGUGUGGAGGUGGCACAACUGGCAGUGGCCUGUCAGACUCGCUACCACAUUGUGGCUGGACGAAACACUUCUAUGAGAGAACUCCUUACAGGAAUCACCAAGUACUGCGAGGGCAGCAACUGCAUGUCACCAGAUUCAUUGCUCUGGCAAAUGUCGGAAAUCCAGACAAAAAGAACAGGUAUCUGUAUGCCUUCAACAUCACACCGCUCACCGAGAUGGAUACACAAGAACUGGUACAACAACCUCCAGCCAUUACCAACUGCCCAUAUCACCAUCUUCUGGGGACCAAGAAGGGCGAGGGAGAUGUGGAAGAUGGAGGGGGACAGCAGUUCUUCUUUGAUCAGAAGAGUCUGGACGUUGCUGGGAGGAAACGCAGACAACAGCAGGAGGGUCGCGGAGGGAAGAGGAACAGAGGAGACAGAGGAGUACCAGAUUAUAAACAGUCGGCCCUCUUCUCCACUCCUCCCUCUUCUCAUUCCCCUCACACCUCACACACUCCCCCGGCUCCCCGAGGUCCCUGCUGGUUCUGCCUCGGCGGCCCUCAGGUGGAGAAACAUCUUGUCAUCACUGUUGGAGAUCAUUCAUACUUGGCUCUGCCCAAGGGAGGGUUGGUUCCAGAACACGUCCUCAUUCUACCAAUAGGUCAUCAUGGAGCCUCCACCUCUACCCCUCAGCUAUACUUUUGAAGGAAGCCUCUUACUUCAGGGCACACUAAGAUUGGCAAGUGCAAGUUAGCCCACCUACGGGUAUCAUCCAUACCCCACGACUGCCACAAUAAUGCUCCCUAUAAUAGAGACUGGGCUUGUUGUUUGAGUGGAUUGUUUUGUGUGUGUGGACUGUUUCAGGAGGUGCUUGAGGAGAUGAAGAGGUUCAGAGACUCCCUCAAGAGAUACUACAACAGCAAGGACCAGUCGUGCAUCAGCUUCGAGAGGAACUUCAAAUCACAGCAUCUGCAGAUACAGGUGGUGCCAGUACCAAAGACACCAGAAGCGGCUCUAAGACAAGUCUUCAUAGACCACGGCAAGUCACUAGGACUGGAAUUCACAGAGAUGGACAGAGCCACUCCACUGACUGACAUGGUGCCUGUUGGUGCUCCAUAUUUCGUGGCUCACUUUGACGAGGGACCUCAGCUGUUUGUCCGCAUCAGAGGAAGAUUUCCACUCCAGUUUGGAAGGGAGGUGCUGUGUUCACCACUGCUACUGGCAGCCCCGCAGAGAGUGGACUGGAGAGAGUGCUCUCUCAGCAAGGAAGCGGAGACAGAGAUGGCCGCCAAGAUGAGGACCAACUUUGAACCUUUCGAUUUUACAGAUGAUUUAUAAACUCCACAUUUCUCACACGAGUCACAUUACUACUGUACACAGAACAAAUUCAACACCGUAUAGGUUAGCGCGCUCGUGAGUCACAAGCAGGACAUUGCAUACAAAAUCAUACAUGUCCAGCUUUGCCAACAAAAACAAGACACUACCUUA